AUGCGGAAUCGGACCGGGGAAGAUUCCGGCCUCCUCCAUGCUGAAACACUCCUUCUCCUGCGGUUGAUGCGCUCCUUCCCUCGCCUCUGUGCUCCUCCUCCUGCUGCCGGUAUCAGUGUAAUGGGGGGUGGACCUGCAAAAAAAACCUCCGACGAUCAACUGUCAGGACCGACCGCAGAAGACCGACCGCAGAAGACCGACCGCGGAGGCUAUGUCGAGACCGAUCAAAAGCUGUCGGGACCAAUCGGCGGACUGUUGAGAAUGUAUUCCGGUCGGUUGUCCAAGCAUGCUGGGUAUUCCGGGCGGUUGUCCAUCCAUGGAAAGGGGGUAGCAAGGCCUAGAAAGAGGCAACGGCAGGCACCAAAGUAUGUACUUAGGGUGCCUGCUAGACUACCUACCACUGCUGCCAGCAGUACAUCAUAUGUGGGGCCUCCUCCUACCCCUACAAUACAGCCUCCUACCCCUGCAGUAGACCAUACUCCUACGUCUAAAAUAGACCCUUAUUCUACCCCUGCAGUAAACCAUUCUACUACCCCUGCAGCAGACCCUCUUCCUCCUCCUGUGAUUAUAAGCCCCACUCCUCCCCCUGUGGUUAUUACCCUCACUCCUCUCACUGACCCUACUUAUAUACCUUCCUCAUCUGUUAUACCGCCUUCAGAGACUGUCACGCCAUCUGUUGAUCCAGAUCCAAGUGGUGAUGGUGAAGAUGCACAUUAUGCAGGUAUGUUAUAUGUUGUUGGUUUUGCCAGAACACAAUUGUCCCUUACAUUUCCCUCGAAAUUACCGAAGGCUUUUGCCCUUCGGUAA